ACUCACUCCUUAACCUAUGCGGUACCAGUGGUACCACUCAGCCAGUACGAGUCGCGCGCGAGAUUUACGAAAUCCACGCGUUUUUCUUUGGUGUCAGUUUUCAAUUUAUUUUGUGUUGCUUCUAUCAAGUGCUAAGGUUUUCUAAACAUGAUUACUUUAUAUAGAACGAUUAAGGGAACAACCAAAGGAAGGAAAAAACGAACUAAUAAAGGCAUUCCAUCUCUAGAGGCUCCAUUGCCAGCUACUCCAUCUGAAAUGGUAUCCAGGCGCAAAAUCUUGUCCAGGUCACGAGAUGACUUGCACAUGGACUCCAACUUUCAGCCGCCAGAGGAGGAAGAAGACGUUUGGUAUCAUCGCGAAAAACUAUAUAAGGAUCAUAUACAGGAAGUUUUGGACAAAUGGACUCAAAUCGACGACGAAAUUUGGGCAAAAGUGAUCGUACUGGAACGAAAUAGGCGAGUAGCAAAGGCAUAUGCUCGCGCUCCAGUACUGACCGUCAAUGGAUCUGAUGAUGGAUUUGAUGGUUUCAGAAUUGGCUUAUGUGGUUUCGAUAACCCUAUGAGAGACCAAAAGACCGAAGAAUUCAAAAGACACAUAGGCCACGGUGUGAAAAUAAAAAUGGACGACGCAGGAAACAUCCUCAUCAAGAGGGUCUCAAAGUGCAACGUCUACAUAAAAAAUACUGGGCAAGAUGAAGAAAACGCUAUAGGAAAUGACAUUUUGAAAGUUCCAAAUAACGCUUUAGACCCAGAGAAACCAGUGAAACUAUUCGACAUGAAAAAGUUUCAAUCGAACGUCAAUAGGGAGUUACGGAGAGCGUAUCCUGAUCGUCGAAGACUGGAAUGUCAGUGUCUUAGUGCAAUAGCUUUUGUGAAAAAUGAACAAGAACUUUUGGAAUGUCCAAUAUGGGUUCUUAUAAUUAACGUCGUCGCCAUGGAUAUGUUAAAAUCAAAAUUACCACCAGUACACCGUGCAAUGGACAUUAAAAACCGCCCAAGAAUUCCGAUACCUGACGAGGAUCCCUACAGCAUUGCAGGAAAUGGAAGUGGAUCAUCAGGAAGUUCAGGAUUUGCUGGAGGAAGCGUGGCCGCCACAAGAGAGCAGCUUUUGCUCCAAAGCCAACAACAUGCCCAAAGACGUGGUGAUAAACCACCAAAAUUACCACCUAGGGAUAUGUACCAUGAUAUACCGAAGCCUGACUACGACGACCAAGAGGAGCAAAAUGUAAUCAAGUCCUUCCCAUCAUCGAGAAACAAUAAGGAAAAGACGAAGGAAAACAAAAAAUACGAUGAUCCUUACUACUGCGGCCUUCGUGCUAGGGUGCCAAACUUCGUAGCAAAAUCAAAAGCCAAUAAAGAAUCGCUGCCGUCCAAGAGAUACUCAAUCAACCAACAGCAACAACAAAUUCUAAUGCAUCAGCAAAUGAACAUGAAUCACCACCAGAUUCAUCAACACCCCAUGUGGCAUGCGAGGAGUUACGAAAGUGGAAUAGAUUCCGAUGCGAUAGAGUCACCCUACAACCAAAUAUACGGCAGACUACCUAUCCCCACACGAAACUACAUACCAGCUCAGCCAAGAACAAUGUACAUAGGCGAAUGGGAUUAGAAUUAAGCAACGCAAUUAAUAAAUUUCAACUUUGAAUGUGGUGUCGUCUUGUACAUUUUUUUCUUUUUUCUCUAUAGGGCAAUUUUAUUUCCAUAUCAUCCUGCUUUGGGACUUAUUUUUAAUGACCCAUGUUUUAAGGAGGUGCAGUUUUAGCAACGUAACUUCAUUUUUUAGUUUCAGCGCUAAAAAUUGUAAGGAUGUUAUUUCUUGUGCACUCUACUUGAUCUAUUAUGUACCUUAAGUCUUUAUUCAAACGAAUGCAGUGUUGAACAUGAAAUUAAAUAUUCACCAGGUACAUGUAUCUUCAUCAUGUUCUUUUGCUAGAAAAGUUUUAUGAACUUUUAUUGAUUAAAUUGAAGAAAUGGAGUCCGGGAACACGCUUGCAUUCUGCCUAGUCAGGCACUCUUAACUUUAUUUUUUUAAUAUUUUUGCUACUUACUUAUUAUAAAAUAUUUAGUCGUACGUUGUACCUACAUAUUUAAGUCGACCGUGAGCAAAAUGAGAAUCGCAAUAUUAGAUUUAAGUUCUCUAGGUAUUAAACUAAAUUAAAAUACUCAAUAUUAUACGUAGUUACAUCUUGUCAUUUCUCUAAUAUGGUGCAUUAUCAUAUAAUUUGCGUAUGUUAUAGUAACAUAUAUUUCCGAAUGAUAUGUGAUUACUCUAUUGUAAAUUUUAUCGCAUAUUCGAAUUAUUACAUAUUUAUAUGCUAGUUAUCUAAAUACUUUUGUAAAGUUUGUAUAUUCUUUUCACGUAGGUAUUUCUUAAACUUAUACAAAUACAUGGUGAUGGCAAAUUA